AUGUCUGCUCCCAAGUUCGCCGGUCUCUCCGGCCCGUGGCUGAUGAGAGCUGUGACUACCAGCGCCACGAUGGGUUUCCUCUUAUUCGGCUAUGAUCAGGGUGUCAUGAGUAGUAUCAUCGAUGCCAAACCCUUCAACGACGUCUUCACUGCCACAAGAGGUAACUCUACCAUGCAGGGUGUUGUCACUGCCAUCUAUGAGCUAGGUUGUCUGGCUGGUGCAGUCUUCAUUCUCAUCUUCGGUGACUGGCUCGGCCGACGCAAGUCGAUCAUGCUAGGAGCCACUGUGAUGGUCAUCGGCGUCUUGAUACAGGUUACUUCUUUCAGUGGCCACAUCCCCUUGGCUCAGUUCUGCAUCGGAAGAGUGGUCACCGGUGUUGGAAAUGGAAUGAAUACAUCUACUAUUCCGACCUAUCAGGCUGAAUGCUCCCGAUCUUCCAACCGUGGUCUUCUCAUCUGUAUCGAGGGUAGCACUGUGGCUAUCGGAACAUUGAUUUCUUACUGGAUCGACUUCGGCGCCUCUUAUGGCCCUCCCGACCUUACUUGGCGCUUCCCUAUCGCCUUCCAAAUUGUCUUUGGUAUUUUUAUCAUUGUCAGCCUGGCUGUUCUUCCGGAGUCCCCGCGUUGGUUGUUUAUUCGUGAGCGAUAUGAAGAAGGUGAAACUGUCAUUGCUGCUCUCGCGGCCAAGUCUAUCGACGACCCUGACGUACAGCUGCAGAAGACCAUUAUUUUGGACUCCAUUCGCGCAUCUGGCCAAGCUACCAAAAACACCCCUCUCUCGGCUGUUUUUACCGGUGGAAAGACACAACAUUUCCGUCGCAUGCUUCUCGGCUGUUCUUCUCAGUUCUUCCAGCAAAUCGGUGGAUGCAAUGCGGUGAUUUACUAUCUACCCGUCCUCUUCAAGGAUUCGCUCGGCCAAGAUGAAUUCAUGUCAAUGAUUCUGGGUGGUGUCAACAUGGUUGUGUACUCGAUCUUUGCAUGCAUGUCUUGGUUUUUGAUUGAGAGAGUUGGCCGCCGCAAGCUCUUCCUCGCCGGUACAGUUGGCCAGUGUCUAUCCAUGGUUCUAACCUUUGCCUGUUUGAUUCCCGAACGGCCAGAACCAGCCAAGGGUGCAGCGGUUGGUCUGUUCAUCUACAUUGCCAGCUUCGGUGCAACUUGGCUUCCUCUGCCGUGGCUAUACCCAGCCGAAAUCUCUCCGAUCAAGACCCGUGCAAAGGCGAACGCCAUAUCCACCUGCACAAACUGGUUGUUCAACUUCCUCAUCGUUAUGGUUACGCCCAUCAUGGUCCGAAAUAUCAGAUGGGGCACAUAUCUGUUCUUUGCCUGUGUCAAUGCUUGCUUCUUCCCUGUCAUUUGGUUCCUCUAUCCUGAGACUGCCGGUCGCUCUCUGGAGGAGAUUGAUCUGAUUUUCGCUAAAGGAUAUUGCGAGAGCAUGAGCUAUGUGCGCGCUGCUAAGGAACUUCCUUUCCUGAGUGAUGAAGAAAUUGAACAAGCUGCCGUUCAGUAUGGAUUUGUUCCUGCUAAUACUGGUGUCUCCAGUAGCCAUGAAGACCGUGGAGAGAAGCCAGCCUCCAGCGAUACCAGUGAUGUGGAAAGGAACUAA